GAAGUGCUGCUGAAAGGGCCAGAAAUGCAAGGAAUUGGGACACAUUUUGAACCUUUAAGCUGUCUGACAUUGACCUCCUUUCAUUAUUAAUAAAGAAGAAGCAGGAGCUUAGGCUGUAUUAACACCAAUUCAUUAAUAUACUGACUGGACAAUGUUCUGCAACAAUUCUACAUUGUAAAGAGCUGGAUUGGCACAAAACAAAGUAAUUUCAUGUUAUACUCAGCCUGUAAUAUGACUCGAUGGAGGAAAAUUUGAUAAGCAUGAGGGAAGACCAUUCUUUUCAUGUUCGUUACAGGAUGGAAGCUUCUUGCCUAGAACUGGCCUUGGAAGGGGAGCGGCUGUGUAAAUCAGGCGACUGCCGCGCUGGGGUGUCGUUCUUUGAAGCUGCGGUUCAAGUUGGAACUGAGGACCUAAAGACACUCAGCGCCAUUUACAGCCAGCUGGGCAACGCAUACUUCUAUCUGCACGAUUAUGCCAAAGCACUGGAAUACCACCAUCACGACUUAACUCUUGCAAGGACUAUUGGAGACCAGCUGGGGGAAGCUAAAGCUAGUGGUAAUCUGGGAAACACCUUAAAAGUUCUCGGAAAUUUUGAUGAAGCCAUAGUUUGCUGUCAGCGACACUUAGAUAUUUCCAGAAAACUUAAUGACAAGGUGGGAGAAGCCAGAGCCCUUUAUAACCUUGGAAACGUGUACCAUGCCAAAGGGAAGAGCUUCGGCGGCCCUGGGCCUCAGGACGCAGGCGACUUCCCAGAAGAAGUGCGCAGCGCCCUGCAGGCUGCCGUGGAUUUUUAUGAGGAAAACUUAUCACUAGUGACGGCGCUGGGUGACCGAGCUGCCCAAGGACGCGCCUUCGGAAACCUCGGAAACACGCAUUACCUGCUGGGCAACUUCCGGGACGCGGUCAUAGCGCACGAGCAGCGUCUCCUUAUUGCAAAAGAAUUUGGGGAUAAAGCAGCCGAAAGAAGAGCGUACAGCAAUCUUGGAAAUGCAUACAUAUUUCUUGGUGAAUUUGAAAUGGCCUCUGAAUACUACAAAAAGACGCUACUCCUGGCCCGGCAGCUUAAAGACAGAGCCGUGGAGGCGCAGUCCUGCUACAGCCUCGGGAACACGCACACUUUGCUGCGGGACUACGAGAAGGCCAUCGACUAUCACCUGAAGCACUUGGCCAUCGCUCAGGAGCUAAAGGACAGGAUCGGGGAAGGAAGAGCGUGUUGGAGUUUGGGAAACGCGUAUACAGCUCUAGGAAAUCAUGACCAAGCCAUGCAUUUUGCUGAAAAGCACUUGGAAAUUUCAAGAGAGGUUGGGGACAGAAGCGGUGAACUAACAGCGCGGCUGAAUCUCUCCGAUCUCCAGGUGGUUCUCGGUCUGAGCUACAGCACAAAUAAUUCAGUAAUGUCCGAAAAUGUGGAAAUUGAUAACAGCGUGCACAGUGCACGGCCUAAGUCUGGACGCCGACACAGUAUGGAAAACAUGGAACUUAUGAAGUUAACACCAGAAAAGGUACAGAACUGGAACAGUGAAAUUCUUGGUAAACAAAAACCUCUCAUUGCCAAACCUUCUGCAAAGCUCCUCUUUGUCAACAGACUGAAGGGGAAAAAAUACAAAACUAGUUCUUCCACUAAAGUUCUCCAAGAUGCCAGUAAUUCCAUGGAGCCCCGAAUUCCAAAUUCCCAGAGGAAACUCAGCGCAGAGACUAUUGGAGAUGAAGGUUUUUUUGACCUGUUAAGCCGAUUCCAAAGCAACCGGAUGGACGAUCAGAGGUGCUGCUUACAAGAGAAGAACUGCGGGGCGGGCGCAGCCCCGUCCACCCCCGCGAGAGGGGCGCUGCAGCCGCCGUCUGGCUCCAUGGUGUCCCCCAACACGGACGAGUUUCUAGAUCUCCUUGCCAGCUCCCAGAGCCGUCGCCUGGAUGACCAGCGGGCCAGCGUCAGCAACUUGCCUGGGCUUCGUCUGACACAGAAGAACAACCAGUCAGUCCUGGGCCACCUGAUGACGAACGACAGCAAGGAGCCUGAUGAAGACUUCUUUGACAUCCUUGUAAAAUGUCAAGGGUCCAGAUUAGAUGACCAACGAUGUGCCCCACCGCCUGCUGCCCCAAAGGGGCCAACGGUACCAGACGAGGACUUUUUUAGCCUCAUUCUCCGGUCUCAGGCGAAAAGAAUGGAUGAACAGAGAGUUCUUUUACAAAGAGAUCAAAACAGAGACACUGAAUUUGGGCUACAGGACUGUUUGCAAAGCAAUGCUCUGUUGGACUUUAAAAAUUCAGGAAAAAAAUAAAACAAGUUGGAACUCAUUCACCUCUGGGUGCUUCUGACUCUGUACACCUGGGAGGAGAUCCAGGGGCUCUUCCUAAAAAUCCUUCAGGUGAUUUUGAUGGGCAAACAGUGA